AUGACCGACACUAUGCGAGUUGAGUCUCUGGGGCUAAGGCAUCCUAAGCAUUUUGCAACUUUGCAUCGUCGUAUUACGCAGCCGUCAAAUCGAAACAGAAACGCCGGUCGACCAUACUAUAUAUGUAUUUCAUGCAAACGUAACAACAGGGAAGGAUGGGCCACUUGGGAUGAUGAGCGUGGUGUACGUAACAGUAACCCGAGUUGUUAUUGCGGUGACUUUAGUCGACACGAUCAGGACGGCAUCGGGCGGGGAAGACAUGGUUUGGGUUUUUGGACAUGCGCGACAGGCAGCUGCGACUACUAUUCCAAGUACUUGAAUGGCUGGACUAGUUAUGCUCCGCAAUGUGUUGAGUUCUAUCCGUGGCUGCUAUAG